GAUUAUAUGUCCGAUGCUUUCCUCAAUCAAAUGUACGCGUUUGUAUUGACAAUAUAUGCGACCCCGAGAGGGACAAGCGGUAGAAAAUUGAAGGCUGGAUGGAUGUAUUGAAAACAAUUACUGUCGACGUUACUAUUUUACAAGACGUCAAACCAGGUGUUUCCAAGGUGAGGCGAGUACAAGAAGCCCUAAAACGUGAGGAAAAGCACAAAGAGAGCAACAUUAAAAACCGUCAAAAAACCUUCAAAGAGCAAGAAAAGGAAAGUCGUGAAGCAGCUUUACAGAGCUCCAUUAGUAAUGAGAAUAAGGGAUUUGCACUUUUGAAGAAAAUGGGUUACAAAGCUGGACAAGGCCUUGGAAAAGAAGGGGCGGGCAGAAUAGAUCCAAUUCCACUCAAUAUUAAAACUGACAGAGGUGGCAUUGGGAUGGAAGAGGCAAAGAAGCGAAAAGCUGAGGAGGAACUGGAGCACUAUCGGAAAAAAGUACAGGCCAAACAAAAGAAUGAGACCAAAUCACUGGAAGACUUUCGGUCGAGAGUUAGAACUGAGAGAGAGGAGCGAAAGAUUGAAGGGGACCUCAGAAGAAGUCAGCGAGCCUGUGAGCAUUUGGAUUCUCAAAAGGGCAUCACAGUCCCUCGGGAAGAAUGGUAUUGGCCUAAAGUUGAAAAUGAAGAAGAGGUUGAUGGUCUUCAAUUGGAGGAGGAAGCCAGGGAGGAAGAUAUUGCGGAAUUAACUUCCUUUGACCAACUACAGAUUUUGACUUCAUAUUUAAGAGGAAUCCAUUUUUACUGCAUAUGGUGUGGAACUACCUAUAAUGAUGAAGAAGAUCUUUCUUCUAACUGUCCUGGGGAUACUGCAGCAGACCAUGAAUGAUCAUAGCAAAAAUAUAUUAUGUGCAGUAGUUACGAGCAGGAUGCUACUUUUAUGUUGUGAAACAGACAAUAACAAGGUGCUCUUUGCAAAAUAAUGGGCUGUGUACUGAAGCAAAACUGUUUUUAUCAAAUUGGAUACAACAUCUGACAUACAAUAUUUUUCUGUUUGGGGACAUUUUUUGGUAAAUAUUAGUUAGUGAUUUUUAACAAUGUGAUGUACAUAUAGGUUUAUGUCAAUGUUCAGUCCAGCAUCCUCUUGCCCAAAGUUAUCUGGGAUAGGCUCAAGCUCACCUGUGAUCCGUGUGAAGAAAAGUUGUACGGUAAAUAUAUAGAAGCUAAAAGUUUACAAGAUCAUUUAUUUUGCCUUUAGAAAUGGGUGACUAGUUGUUAUGCUUAAUCCAGUUGUAAAGACAAACUAAUGUUAUUAACAAGUUAUAUUAUGUUUGCUUCUACUGUAUUUGCUACAUUAAAGUGUUGAGUAAA